AGUCUUGCAGUGAAGUGCACUCCUCGCCAGCUUCUCGGAGGUCGACAUCAAUCGUGCGUAGCUCCCGUUAUUCACAAAGUGUCAGAGAAGGUGCCAAGGACUGACGGUUGUCUAGGGAUUGCUUCGCUCUCGCCUCGGCGGUCACUGAAUUUGUGGGCCACAGUGGCGUAAAAAUAAUGCUGCGCGGCUUGUAGAAAUCCUUGAUCGUGGCAGGCGGGAUGGCGGACAGACGACGACGAAAAUUAGGUAGAUGCGAACUGCCGCAGACAUUGGAGAAUAGGGAGCUUACAGUAGUUAGCUACAGGCAGAACAGCAGGUAUCUUGGGUUUGUCUGUCCAAAAGUAUCGGAGUAAUCCGCAUGUUCAUAAGCCAAUUUGUUCACAAGAGGUGAAUAUCUUCUGUUCAAAAAGCGGGGCACGAAAUCUUGAAGCCAACAUUGCCUUCGAUCAUUCGGACGAAAGAACUUCAUUUCGAGAGCUAAAUAUCCUAUGGGGAUUUGGAGUGAACGAGCAACUUCUUGAGGCUGUACGAGGAUUCUCCAGAGGCGAUCAACUUAAUCUAUCUUCGAUCAUUUCCCUUCGUUACAGCUCUCAUUCUCCGACUGUUACCUUCGGUUUCGAGCUUACUGGAUUUUAGAUGUUUUGAUUCUGUUGCAAUCAUGAAUCCUGACAUAUUUGGUUUGUUGAAAUAUUUUCUUUUUCUUUUCCGGAAAUUUAGUCGGUAUACUCCUUCACAUCCAUCAAGAGCUACCCCACAACUAGAAUUUGUUGGUUUGUGAAAGGGUUUUGGCUUUCUCUUGCUGCAGUUGGUGAGUUCAACAGUCUUCUUAUCGUUCGGUACUUGCCUCUUGAAAUUGGCAUCAAGAUGGCGGAUGGAGUCAAAAUUGUUUUUGACAAUGAGCACCACGGUACGCAGUGGAAGUGAGAUAAUAUGGAGAAUUCAUAAGGCUGAUUAAUUUUUGAGAUGGAGCAAAGUGCUGCGGGGGGUUGGAUAUGACUUUUGAACUUUCAGCAGUGAUAUCCAACCAAUCCUCAGUACAUUGCCCUACUCACCGACGUUGUGUCGGGAGAUUCAAUGAAGAGAAUUUUAAGCAUGAUGGUCGGAAUCGUGUAUCGAGCCAGGUUCACACAAGAGGAGGUGCUACGGAGAAAAACCUUUAGAAGAUGAAGUUGCCCUUUACGUGGAUUUUUAGAAGCAGGAUAAAAUCAUUCGUAAGAACUGAUCGAUUGAGCAACUUGGUCGUCUGCUCUGCUUCUCUACUGAGGGUUCCACCAGAGCUGGAGGACUCUUGUGUUGUUCUGCAUUUCUUCCUGCAUAAUUAUUUUCUUGCGAGAGAUGCGUUCUCUACUCAGUUUCAUGAUAAAAAUUGGGAGCCUCCAAAGACUGGAGGCAGUCAGGAUGGACAUGGUUAUAUAUAUUUGAAGGCAUCCAUAAGAAUUUUUAGGGAGACAAGAUCUGAGUUCCGCACCUUUCAAUACCGGGAGUUGCCAGUGAAGCAGUCAAUUCAGUUGUCAAGGUCCUGCCUCUAAAGAAUUUGGUUCCCUUUCGUUUCUUGCCGCUUAAAAUAUAGAGCUAAAUAGCCUACUUCCAUGUUCUCUCCUCACAGAAGAAAAGGAGUUCUCGUAUAUAUGACGUUUUUGCUCUUACAACAGCGUCAAUUGAUCAUCCAGCGAGCACUUCGAGUAUUUUUUUCGGAAAUGAAAUGUGUCUUGACAGAAAGUAGCCUUCGAGACUCAUUUCUUUUGUGAGAUUAGGAUCGAGAGUCUCGAAGAAAAUCAGGCUUUCACAUAAUCUGCAACUACGAGAUCCUUUAGAGACUGU